UGCACCAAUUUUUAAAAAUAAUUUCUUGUCAAUACAAAUAAUAUACAAUUGAAACUUCUCUCUCUCAACUUGAAUCAAAUGGAACCACAACUUGAUAAUUCUGAGAUUUCCAACUUCAAAAAGAAGAACAAGUGUGAAAAUGCUAAAAGGUUUACUGAUGAACAAGUGAAGUUACUUGAGUCCAUGUUUAAGCUAGGAACAAAGAUAGAGCCAAGAGAGAAGCUGAAAUUAGCAAGAGAACUCGGGUUGCAACCACGCCAAGUAGCUAUUUGGUUUCAGAACAAAAGGGCUAGAUGGAAAUCGAAGCAAUUAGAACACGAAUAUCGCAUACUUCAAUCGAAAUUUGACAAUUUAAAUACGCAAUUUGAAUCAUUGAAGACAGAAAAGGAGAGAUUACUCAUUCAGUUGGAGACAUUAAAUGAUCAGCUAGAGAACAACAACGCUAGAGGCAGCGGAAGUCAAGAUUCAAGAGACAGUGAAAUGAAGGAUUGUUCAGGUUCGAGAUUUGAUCACAAGAGUGUAAAUGAAGAGGAUGAUGACACAAGAGAAGGAAGAGAUAAAUACUUCACUCCCAAAGAAGAAGCAGAGUUUUGGAACCUGGAGGAAUUAGGAGAUAGUAAUUCCUUAGAACAUUGGUGUGUUGGCUUAGGUAGUAUUUCCAAUUCCAAGUUGUGGGACUUUUGAGACUCACAAAAUUGUACAUAAAUUUUCAUAAAGUAGUAUAGUAGAAUAGAAGGAAGGAACAUUUAUAUAUCUCUGUUUUUCUUGUUUCCCAUUGUGAAAAAGAAUCAGAAUACUUCAUGAAAACAGAGGCAUUGUUUGUGAAUC